AUGGCGCAGGGCGGCAUAUUACCCAUCAAGUUCACAGAGCUUCUACAGCUUACGAAUGCUGACAUUGCACCGGCGUCCAUUGGAUUCAACUCGUGUACUUUGGAGUCAGAUCACUAUGUCUGCGUUCGACAAAAAAUCAACGAAGACGACAAGCCUCAAGUCAUCAUCAUCAACCUCAAGAACAACAAUGAAAUUAUCAAGAGACCUAUCAACGCCGAUAGUGCUAUCAUGCACUGGACCAAGCAGGUCAUUGCGCUCAAGGCCCAAUCACGUACCAUUCAAAUCUUUGACCUGGGGGCCAAGCAGAAACUCAAAUCUGCCUUGAUGAAUGAAGACGUGGUCUUUUGGAAAUGGUACAGCGAGACCAGUCUUGGCCUGGUGACCGACACCUCGGUCUACCACUGGAACGUUUUUGAUCCGACGCAAGCUUCUCCUGUCAAGGUGUUUGAGCGGAACCCGCAGCUAGCAGGCUGCCAAAUCAUUAACUACCGCGUCAACGAUGACGAGAAGUGGAUGGUUGUCGUUGGUAUCUCGCAGAAGGAAGGAAGAGUGGCCGGCACAAUGCAGCUAUACUCGCGCGAUCGAGGCAUUUCGCAAAACAUCGAAGGCCAUGCUGCAGCUUUCGGCACAUUAAGGGUUGACGGCCAGCCUGAGGAAUAUAAGCUGUUCUCCUUCGCCGUCAGGACUGCCAGCGGUGCGAAAUUGCAUAUUGUAGAGAUUGACGCAAACCAAGCCAAUGCCAGAUUCCCUAAGAAGGCGGUCGAGGUGUACUUCCCAGCCGAAGCGACCAACGAUUUUCCCGUGGCCAUGCAGAUCUCGAAGAAAUACAGCAUCAUCUAUAUGAUCACCAAGUAUGGCUUCAUCCACUUGUACGACCUGGAAUCAGGGACCUGCAUCUUUAUGAAUCGUAUAUCAAGCGAAACGAUUUUCAUCACAGCUCCUGACUCGGAAUCUGCGGGAGUGGUGGGUGUCAACCGAAAAGGCCAAGUUCUGGCAGUCAGUGUGGACGAGAACACAAUCAUCCAUUACCUCCUGCAGAAUCCUGCAAAUACAGGCCUUGCCGUCAAAUUGGCAUCACGGGCUGGACUGCCAGGUGCCGACGAUCUGUACCGACAACAGUACAACCAGCUUGUGGUAUCAGGCAAUUGGGCGGAAGCAGCCAAGGUGGCCGCAAACUCCCCUCGGGGUUUUCUUCGCACUCAAGAGACUAUCAACACGUUCAAAAACGCUGGACAAGGUGCUGGACAGAUGUCCGUCAUUCUGCAGUAUUUUGGUAUGCUUCUAGAUAAGGGUGGUCUGAAUCGAUACGAAAGUGUGGAACUCGUGAGACCUGUUCUGCAACAGAACCGCAAACAUCUUCUGGAGAAAUGGAUGAAAGAGGAAAAGUUAGAAUGCUCGGAAGAGCUCGGUGAUAUUGUUCGUCUUCAUGAUAUCAAUCUAGCUUUGGCUAUUUACAUGAAGGCCAAUGUUCCUGCUAAGGUUGUUGCGGCUUUGACCGAGACCGGCCAAUUUGAGCAGAUUUUGCCUUACGCACGUCAAGUCGGCUACCGACCAGACUUUACUCAGCUUCUGCAGAACCUGACUCGAUCAAACCCAGAGAAAGGUGCUGAAUUUGCUACGCAGCUUGCCAAUGAGGAAGGUGGGCCUUUGGUCGACAUCGAUCGGGUCGUUGACAUCUUCAUGGCUCAGAAUAUGGUUCAACAAGCAACAGCCUUCCUUCUGGAUGCACUCAAGGACAACAAGCCGGAGCAGGGCCAUCUGCAGACCAAAUUGCUCGAGAUGAAUUUGAUGCAUGCACCUCAGGUGGCGGAUGCUAUACUCGGCAAUGAUAUGUUCUCAUAUUAUGAUAGAGCAAGAAUCGCGGCACUUUGCGAGAACGCUCAGCUCUACCAGCGUGCUUUGGAGAAUACGGACGAUCCAAUCGUCAUCAAGCGCAACAUCGUCAAGACCGACAAGCUGAGUCCAGAGUGGUUGAUCAACUACUUUGGCCGAAUGUCCUUGGAGCAAUCUUUGGAUUGCAUGGAUGAGAUGCUGAAAGUAAAUAUUCGCCAAAACCUUCAAUCCGUCGUUCAAAUUGCUACGAAAUAUUCCGACCUCCUGGGCCCAAAUCGACUCAUUGAUUUGUUCGAAAAACACCGUACAGCGGAAGGGCUCUACUACUAUCUCGGAAGCAUCGUCAACUUGAGUGAGGAUCCUGAUGUCCACUUCAAGUACAUUGAGGCGGCCACGGCCAUGAAUCAGUUCACCGAGGUGGAAAGACUCUGUCGCGACAGCAACUACUACAAUCCGGAGAAAGUCAAGAAUUUCCUCAUCGAAGCUAGGCUCACUGAACAGCUGCCUCUGAUCAUUGUCUGCGAUCGCUUCAACUUUGUCAAAGACCUUGUGAACUACCUUUACAGAAAUCAACACUACAAGUCAAUAGAAGUUUACGUUCAGCGCGUCAACCCUUCACGAACACCUGCUGUGGUCGGUGCACUGCUCGCUCUGGAUUGCGACGAGAACAUCAUCAAGCAGUUACUGUCAUCAAUUGAUGCGUCCGCCGUGCCAAUCGACGAGCUUGUGGCUGAAGUCGAGAACCAUAAUCGGCUUAAGAUCCUGCUUCCAUUUCUUGAGGCGACGUUGGCUGCCGGAAACCAGCAACAAGCAGUCUACAAUGCUCUUGCAAAGAUCUACAUCGAUAGCAAUCAUGAUCCUGAGAAGUUUUUGAAAGAGAACGAUCUUUACGAUACGUUGACUGUGGGCAAAUACUGCGAGAAACGUGAUCCAAAUUUGGCAUAUAUUGCGUACAGAAAGGGGCAGAAUGAUAUUGAGCUUAUCAACAUUACCAAUGAGAAUUCGAUGUACCGCGCCCAAGCCCGAUAUCUUCUUGAGCGUGCUGACCUCGAAAUAUGGGCGUUCGUGCUCAAUGACAACAACACACAUCGACGCGCUCUUAUCGACCAGGUCAUUGCAACAGCUGUACCCGAGUCAAACGAGCCACAAAAGGUGUCUGUGGCCGUCAAAGCAUUUCUAGACGCUGACCUCCCCGCCGAGCUCAUUGAGCUGCUUGAGAAGAUCAUCCUAGAACCAUCUCCCUUCAGCGACAACGGCAGCCUACAAAAUCUACUCAUGCUCACAGCUGCUAAGGCCGACAAGGGCCGGCUUAUGGACUACAUUCAACGCCUGUCAGAAUUCAAUGCUGACGAAAUUGCAACUAUGUGUAUUGAUCAAGGGUUGUUUGAAGAAGCGUUCGAGAUCUACAAAAAGGUCGACAAUCAUGUCGCUGCCACUAAUGUUCUUGUCGACAAUGUCGUCAGCAUUGAUCGUGCACAAGAUUAUGCUGAACGUGUCGAGCUGCCGGAGGUUUGGAGCAAGGUGGCGAAAGCACAGCUUGAUGGUCUUCGGGUGAGCGAUGCGAUAGAAUCCUACAUCAAAGCGCAGGAUCCCAGCAAUUACAACGAAGUGAUCGAAACAGCGACUCAUGCCGGCAAGGACGAAGAUCUGAUCAAGUACCUAAAGAUGGCACGAAAGACACAGCGCGAGCCGGCAAUCGAUACCGCUUUGGUCUUCUGCUAUGCGAGGCUUGACCAGUUGCCUGAACUUGAAGAUUUUUUGCGUUCAACAAACGUUGCAAAUGUCGAGGCAUCGGGCGACAAGGCAUACGAAGAGGGACUCUUCGAAGCAGCCAAGAUAUUCUACACGAGUAUUUCGAACUGGGCUAAACUUGCCACCACACUUGUUCAUCUGGAUGACUACCAGGCAGCAGUGGAAUGCGCUCGACGAGCCAACAGCGUCAAGGUUUGGAAGCAGGUCAAUGAGGCUUGCGUUGCCAAAAAAGAGUUCCGUCUAGCUCAAAUCUGUGGUCUGAACUUGAUUGUGCAUGCAGAGGAGUUGCAAGAUCUUGUGCGACAGUACGAGAAGGAAGGCUAUUUUGAAGAGCUCAUCUCCUUACUUGAGGCUGGCCUGGGUCUCGAGCGAGCACAUAUGGGCAUGUUCACAGAGCUUGGUCUUGCACUGUCAAAGUAUCAUCCAGAGAGGACGAUGGAGCAUCUGAAGCUGUUCUGGGGCCGAAUCAACAUCCCGAAAAUGAUUCGCGGUGUCGAGGAUGCACACCUAUGGCCAGAACUGGUCUUUCUCUAUUGCCACUACGAUGAGUGGGAUAAUGCAGCCUUGGCUAUGAUGGAACGAGCUGCUGACGCAUGGGAGCACCAUUCUUUCAAAGAUAUCAUUGUGAAGGUCGCCAACCUCGAGAUCUACUACCGUGCAUUGAAUCACUACCUGCAAGAACAACCACUCUUGCUCACGGAUCUUCUGCAAGCCCUGACUCCACGAAUUGACGUCAAUCGCGUUGUUCGAAUGUUUGAGAAGUCCGAUAAUAUUCCCAUCAUCAAGCCAUUCCUGCUCAAUGUACAGGGGCAGAACAAGAGAGCAGUGAAUAACGCCAUCAACGAUCUCUUGAUCGAAGAGGAAGACCACAAGACCCUCAAGGAUUCGGUUGAGAAUUACGACAAUUACGACCCUGUUGAGCUUGCUCAACGAUUGGAGAAACACGAGCUGGUGUUCUUCAGGCAGAUUGCGGCUCAAAUCUAUCGAAAGAACAAGAGAUGGGAAAAGUCCAUCGCGCUGUCGAAGCAAGACAAACUCUUCAAAGAUGCAAUCGAAACUUCGGCUAUCUCUGGGAAACGCGAGGUGGUCGAAGACCUGUUGAGAUAUUUCGUCGAUAUCGGCAGCCGAGAGUGCUACGUGGGCAUGCUCUACGCUUGCUACGACCUCAUUCCGCUUCACACCGUCAUGGAAAUUUCAUGGCGCCAUGGUCUGAACGACUUCACCAUGCCCUUCAUGAUCAGCUACAUGAGCCAGCAAGCAUCGACUAUCGAAAAACUGAAGAAGGACAAUGAGGAGAGGAAGGCCCGGGAGGCAAGUCAGCAAAAAGAAGAAGACCAGACACCCAUUCUCGGUGGGUCGCGGUUGAUGUUGACACAGGGUCCAGUAGCUAGCGCACCCAGUUCAGCAUCCUUUGGGCAGCCUAAUGGAAUCACGCCGCAGCCGACAGGAUUCCCGAGAGCUUACUAG